AUGGCAAAUUCCAACACCGACACCGACACCAACCCCGAUUCUACAUGUUGGGGCAUAACCAAAAGGGUGGGCUGCGAGGCCAUCAACAAGCCUGUAGGCUGGUUUGUAUGGUUGUUCGGUGACAAGUCAAUCUCAGAAGCGCAGAAGAGACUCCUGAAAUCCACCGAUGAUGCAGAAGCCGAGGCUUUCAGAAAGGCACUCUUGAAUGACAACCGAUUGCUUGCGACAAGCGGCUCUAUAAUGAUAGCUGCUAGCGUCGCACUACUUUCGCACACGAGUGCCAGCCAAACGCACCCGGCUACGCACUGUUUCCUCUUAUUCGGCAUCGUGUCCUCUAUACUUGGGGUUCAACAUGCCCUGGAGGAGUCGAGGGUCUUAUCUUUGCUCGUGAAACCAUCGGAUCUGAAAGAUUGGGUGAGAAAAGGAACGCUUCGCGGCGACCGGAACGACACCAAGACCUGGAACAACAGCUUAACCACCCAAAGCCAUGGCCAAGGCCUGAGUGGCCAACAAAUCUCCCAGCAAUCCCCUGGGCACGCGGAGGCUGGAGGAGCCCAAGGCUCAGAGGGUCAAGAGGAGCGCGGUGGUUUGGCGGCGUCGAUCCCGGGCGCAUUUUCAUCUUUCGCGUUCCACUCGGUCGUGGUGGGCUGCCUCGUGCACCUAGGGACGGUUCGCAGUGCAGACGAUAAAACAUCGCCACCUAUGCAGAAAAGGCCACAGUUUCUCGCCUUCAUAAUCGCCCUAGGGAUUGGCUACUUGCUACACAAACUCUAUAGCGUUGGCCUUCCCAAACCUCGCAAUGAGCCUUCCAAUGAGCAGCCAGGCGCAGGGGUGCAGCAGUCAUUGCAACAACAGACCACAGUAAAUCAGUCGUCAUCCCAUCAAGCCCACAAUGCUCACGGCGGAGGCGGAGACGUCGAACCCCCCGCAAGCAAUCAAUCGCAGAGGGCCGAGGUUCAAAGCGUUCAGCCAUCCGAUUCUCGCGCGGAGAGAUGA